AUGGCUCGCUCAAAAUGUUUCUUUGAUGUUAAUGUUGAAGACAAACCAUUGGGACGCAUUAUAUUUCAACUCUAUAAUGAUGUUGUACCAAAAACAGCUGAAAAUUUUCGAGCUUUAUGUACAGGUGAAAGAGGUUUUGGAUAUAAAGAUUCAACUUUUCACCGGAUAAUUCCACAAUUUAUGUUACAAGGUGGAGAUUUUGAACGACAUAAUGGUACUGGUGGACGUAGUAUUUAUGGGGGUAAAUUUGAAGAUGAAAAUUUUCAACUUAAACAUGCGAAAGAAGGUUUACUUUCAAUGGCUAAUGCUGGUCCCAAUACAAAUGGUUCGCAAUUUUUUAUUACAACAGUAGCAACACCAUGGCUUGAUAGCAAACAUGUCGUCUUUGGUGAAGUUACUGAUGGAAUGGAUGUUGUCCGAAAAAUUGAAGGUUUAGGUUCACCAUCGGGCAAAACACAAAAAAGAAUUACAAUCGCUAGCUGUGGAGAAUUAGAUCGUUAA